AAAUUAUUUGUUAUUUUCAUUUACAAUACGUCUUAUAUUAGUUCAUUUCAUAACUCAUAACUGAAUAUUUUUGGGGUUAAAUAUAUAUUGUAAUAAGACUUUUUAAGACGCAUUUUCGAGUUCGUUUAAAAACAUAAUAAAAAGAAAGAAAAUAUGAAAACAGCGCGUCAGAAGAAAGCAAGAAAACAUUUAGGUUUUUUCAUUAACAACUUCAAAUUUAGAUUGCCAUUCCAAAUUCUUGUCGAUGGUACAUUUACAUUUGCUGCUUUGGAGAAUAAAUUCAAUAUACAAGAACAGUUAUCAAAGUAUUUUCAAUCAGAGGUGAAAUUAUUGACUACACCAUGCAUAAUUUCGGAGACGGAGAAGCUUGGUUCAUUCUCGAAGGCAGUCAGUGGAGCUAUGCAAAUAGUUAAACAAUAUCCUAUACACAAAUGUGGGCAUGAGAAACAUUCGAUAACUGGUACAAAAUGUUUAUGGUCAAUGGUUGGGAAAAAUAAUUCAUCUAGAUAUAUUGUAGCUACACAGGACAGAGAGCUACAAGAUAUUCUGAGAAAAAUUCCAGGUGUUCCCAUAAUAUAUCUACAUGGUAAAGCACCAACUUUGGAAGCCCCUUCGCAAGCAAGUCGUGAAUAUGCUGAAAAUAUUCGCAAAGGAUUAGGAAUGAGUACAUGGGAUAUAAAAAAAAUUAAAACGCUAAAAGAAGCAGCAGGUCUUGUAGAAGAUUCGAAAUUGAAACUAAAAAAGAAACAGAAAAAAGGUGGUCCAAACCCACUUAGUUGCUUGAAGAAAAAGAAGAAACCACAAACAGAAAUCUCGAAUAAUAUUGCGGGGAAAAGAUCUGGAGGAGUUAAAAAAAGAAAGAAAAUAAAAAUAGCGGCACACGUUAAAGAAGUAUUAGUAGCUGAAAUUAAAAAUAAAUGCACAGAAAAGAAUUAACGUUAAAAACUGUGGUUAUAAAGAGAAAUUUAUACA